ACCGGAACCUCGAAUGGAUUCAAAACAGUAGUGGAUAAGAACCAAAAUGGCGGCCAAGCGUUGCUGUUUCAUUAUAGUGGUGAUCAGGCGAACUUAAUCGAUGGUUUCCAAACCUAAAGAAGGUAGUGGAGAAACUGAGAGGAUGCCUCGGGUGGUGUUUCUCCAUCCGGAUCUUGGUAUUGGAGGUGCAGAGCGGCUGGUGGUUGAUGCUGCUGUCGCCUUGAAGUCUCAAGGAUGCAGUGUUCAGAUCUGGACGGCCCAUUAUGAUCCAAAACACUGCUUCUCUGAGACCCUGGAUCCAGAUCUUCCAGUGGUGUGUGUGGGUGACUGGUUACCCACCAGCGUGUUUGGCUACCUGCAUGCUCUGUGUGCAUAUCUUCGGAUGAUCUAUGUAGCCUUCUACCUGGUCUUCCUCAGUGGUUUGGAGUAUGAUGUCAUCUUCUGUGAUCAGGUAUCGGUGUGUAUACCUGUGCUGCGUUUGUCCCGACACAGAAAAAAGGUCCUAUUCUACUGUCAUUUUCCAGACCAACUACUGACCCAAAGGAAGUCUGCCCUAAAGAAGCUCUACAGAGCUCCCAUCGACUGGCUAGAAGAACGGACAACUGGCAUGGCUGAUAUGAUUUUGGUGAACAGCCAGUUCACUGCAGGCAUCUUCAGAGAGACCUUCCACAGUCUAAACCAAGUCCAGACAGAUGUCCUCUAUCCAUCCCUCAACACUCAUACCUUUGAUCAGUUGUCCACGGAUACCCAGGGCCUGCAGGGGCUGCUUCCUGAGGGAAUUUCCCACUUGUUUCUGUCUCUAAACCGAUAUGAAAGGAAGAAGAACUUAGGUCUUGCUCUGGAGGCUCUGGCAGUCCUGAGAUGCAGCCUCACACCAGCCCAGAGAGCAGGAGUUCACCUGGUGGUCGCCGGCGGCUACGAUGACCGCGUUACUGAGAACGUGCAGCAUUACACAGAGCUAAAUGAGCUGGCUGAGCAGCUCCACUUAAAGGACUGCGUCACCUUUAUGCGCUCUCCCUCUGAUUCAAUGAAAGUAGCGCUGCUGCAAACGUGCAGCGCGGUGCUUUACACCCCCAGCAGAGAACAUUUUGGGAUUGUUCCUGUAGAAGCCAUGUACUGCAGCUGUCCAGUUAUUGCAGUGAACUCCGGGGGUCCCCUGGAGAGCGUGGCAGACGGGGAGACGGGCUUCCUCUGUGAGCCCACGGCCGAGGCCUUUUCUAAGGCCAUGAAAAGGCUCAUUGAGGAAACACGCCUCCGCAGGGACAUGGGAGAAGCUGGGAGAAGGAGGGUAGAGGAGAAGUUCUCUCUUCAGGCCUUUUCAGACCAGCUGUAUGGGUAUAUAAUCCGACUGAGCGAGUGAUGGGAAGGGAGGAGGAAAACCCUUGAAAUGUGAAAAUGAAGAACUGCCAGAUGUAAAUUACUGUUCAUAACUUUUUUUUUGUUUAUACACUAUUUACAAAAAAAUAAGUGUCCAGUGUUUUUUGAAAAUUUCAGACAUUUUUUUUGUUCAGUCCCUUCAAAUUCAAAUGUUAAGAUACUUAAUUCAAUGAACAGCGUGUAUCAUGACUAUGACUUGAUAGAAAAUUAGCAAUAAAAACAACCAAAGUCUAGUUUAAAGUCUCUAGUUUGAAAGAUUACUGGAAGGGGAACAAAAUAGAGCUGCUUGAAACUUUUGCACAGGGCUGUGUGUGUAUAUGUGAACAGAGCUCAGUGAGUAUUAUUAGUACUUAGAGGGCAAUUAAUCAGCCUUUCCCAUGAGAGGUUGCUGAGAGGCGAGAAAAGGAUGGAAUCUCUGUACCAAUUAAAAAAAUGAGACAUUAGUUUACCUGUCCUGUUACUGCAAAAAUACCAUCUUUUUGUGUCUGUACAUCUGAAACUGUGGAAAGGGUGCUGCAACGUGGCAACCAGGAGCCUGGGAAAUGAGUCUCCAACGAGGAUCAUUUGUUAGCUUAAAAUGUUUUGGCCUGUUUGUGUUUUUUUCCCCCCAUGUUUUGUUUUUGUCUUUUCGGUGAUGUAGAAGAGGAACGCAGCCAUCGCUGCAUGCCAUCAGGCAGCGUACAAACUCAGAUCGAUAUGGUGGAUGUUUUCUGCUGCAUCCUGUCUGUUCAAACCUUUGUUCCCCCUUCUGUAGCUGCCUAAAGGGUUAUUAGAAAAUGAUGGAGCAUUGGGCUUUAUUAGAGGUCUGAUGGGCAGUGUGCCUGGUCUUGGGUCAUUAUCAAUGGGGAGAAUAGCAGAAGGUCAUUGUGUCUCCGUGAUGGCCUCCUCUGGCUUCCCACUGUAUAGAAAUGCUCCUAUUGACGUUCUGGAACUCUUAAUAAACAAGAAGACACAUAGUUUUCCCCCCCAUCUCUUAUGAGUCCCUCUUUUGUUGAUGCGUUUGUUGGCCUCUAAUAGACUUGUGUAAGGAUUUUGUGGGCGAGCAGGAUGCUGCAGAUACAUUGUUAAUGCCGUAAAUAAAACAUUCCAAGAGGAAAACAGCAGCUAGAAAGUUUUAUUAUUUUCUUUGCUAAUGACUGGGGGUUCAACAAAACAUGAAAGCUCCUAUCUUUAGGAUUCCAUUCUUUGUUUCAUUAUCACUUCCAGAGUCUUUGUUGUGUUUAAAUGGGCAUCAUUCUUAUUCUUAAAGGGAAUCAAAUAAAAGAAGAGUAAAAUUGA